AUGGCCGCAGGACUGGAUGCGAUGCAGUUAUACAUCCUCUUUAUCUCACUGGCCUCUCUGUGCCACUGGCUGCACUGCGUCCAGUUGAAACAUUUGUCAGAACAUCCAAAUUUACCUAAAGACUUGCUGCUGCAACUCAUAGAGCGCAUUCGCCUGGAGCGGGAUUAUGAUACCAUUGUGAUUUAUGGGAGUGAGCCGUGUGUGUUUCAUGAGCUGCUGCCUCAGCUGGGGCAGCCCACAGUGCUGCUCUCCCAGGGCAGCAGCUGGGAGGAUUGGAGUUUCAGCAGUGAGUCGCUGCUGCUCAUCUGCAACUCAAAUGCCGAGCAGGAGCGGAAUAGGCGCACUUUACUCAAGCUGCAGCAGGCACGGCGAUUGGUCUAUCUGGAGGCAGGAAAGAAACCGACGGAAGUCUGUGGGGCCUACUUCGAGCGGGAGCAGGUUAAUGUGGCCAUGGUGGAUGCAGUGGGUAAUCUGUAUAGCUGUCGCUGCUUUCAGCAAGUGAAUUAUAUACAGCUGGCUCUCAACUUAACAACAGAGUCCACAGCCCUGAUGAACUUAAACUCCGAUUUCGACAAAGAGUCCGAUUCCAACUCCAAUCUUCACUACGACGCGAUUUAUGUGGAGCAAUUCGCCAACAUGCGCGGCUUGCCCAUCAGAGCUGAACCGGAUCAAGAAGGUCCUCGUGCAUUUGUCUAUCAUAAUCCCAGCACAGGAGGGUAUGAGAUUAAAGGCUUCCUUUCUAAUCUGAUCACAUCGUUUGCGGAGCGUGUAAAUGCGACGGUGAAGUUACGCGAUGACAUUGGCCUCGGCCAGAAAAUGCACUUCAAUAACAUUAUGCAACUCGUAAGACUCAAUCAGCUGGACAUCGCGGCCACGCUGGCCACCACCAUGGAUUUUGGCAGAAAUGACUAUCUCACAUAUCCCUACAUCCACAGCUCGUAUUGCUUCAUGAUUCCAGUGCCAGCUCAACUGGACUACAAGGAGAUCUACACAAUCAUAGUGCAACCUCUGGUAGCCGGCGUGCUAAUCAUCUUAUUUUUGAUCUUCUCGCUGCUGUAUAUCUAUAGCCAGGACUUGAACUGGCGCAGGUGCAGCCUCAUUGAGAUGCUGCUCAACGAUCGCUGUCUGCGCGGUCUGCUGGGACACGCCUUUCCGAUGCCCGCCCAGCCUAGUCGCCACCUAAAAGCCAUUUGUAUGCUGAUCUGCUUCGCUAGUAUCAUGACGACGACCAUGUACGAGUCCUAUUUGCAGGCGUAUUAUACGCAUCCCCCACACGAGAUGAUGCUGCGCAGCUUCGAGGAUAUUCUCACCUCUCGCUACAAAAUUGCAGUGGAGCGCGAAAGGGCGAUUCACUGGGUGUUCGAAAACUUCAAUCUGACCACCACGAACGCCCAUCGCGUCCUUCUCUUCGACGAUUGGCAGGAACUCAUUCGCUUACGCGAAACUUUCAAUGACAGCUUCAUUUAUCCAGUCACUGAUCUACGUUGGCUCUCCCUACAAGAGGAGCAAAAGUAUUUCAGGGGGCCCGUUUUUUACUACUCCGAGGAUGUUUGCAUCAAACGCUUCAUAUUGCUAGCCCUACCUGUGCGUCUCCAUCUACCCUAUCUCCAGCUCUUCGAACGGCACAUUCUGGCCAUGCAAGAGUUUGGCCUUUUACAGUUCUGGAUGAGCAACAGUUUCAAUGAGAUGGUUCGCUUAAAAGUGGAUUCGCGGAAUGAUUACAGCCAUCCCGAGGAGCCUGAGGAUAAGUUAUAUAUUAGAGACCUCACCAAUAUUCUUAUAUUCUACUUAGCGGCUCAUCUAUUGGCCUGCAUUUGCUUUGUCCUCGAGCUGUGUUGGGCGAGAAUUUUUGGUAUUAAAUAA